UAAAUCACCAAGGACUAAUUUAGGUGAUGAGCGACGGUUCAGAAUAUUAGAAGUUCCUUCACAUUGUACACAUAAGAAGUUAACACAAUGUCAUACAAAUUGGGACAGCCAUUCUUUCUACCAACUGUAUUGCUUUAGAGGGGCAUGCAAGGAAAAUGAAAUGUACUUUUGUUUGGAUGGAACAAACAACAAUACUAUUCAUAUUUGUGGACCAACUACUCGCUGUAAGAAAAGACACCAGGAUAUAUUUACAUACGAUAUUCAAAAGCAUGAAGAACAUUUGAAUGUGCACAGCAUUGAAUGCGCAGUCGGAUAUUUUCAGCCUGCACAUUUCCAGAAAAGUAAUUGGAACUGUUUUACAAAAUGCGAGAAGGAUGAAUCAGUUGUCAUAAUUCAAAACGCUACAAACGAUAGACCAGCUUUAGCCAGAUGUAACUCGCAUAAAAACUAUUGUAAUGGAUAUAAUAUAUCGCUUUUUGAGCUAGGCUAUUCAGAAGACUAUUGCCUACUCGCAAUGCGCGAUCUUAAGAUUAAAUGCGACAAAGAGGAAGAAUUAUUGCCAAAUUGCAAAUGUGCUAUUAAAUGUCACUCCGACACAAUAAGGGACUGGAACAACUCAUUAAUGUGUGUUUCAAAAAACACUACUCUAAGCACGAGUCACGUGCCAGUAGUUGAAACUACUGCAUUAAGUGAUCAGAAUACUAGGGUACCUAGCCAGGAAGGUGAGGACGGUGCUCAAGAUAAUGAAAAAGUAAAAAAGAAUCAACAUAUUGAAACAGAAGAUUCUAAAACCAGUAAAGAAGAUAAAGAAAAAGAAAACGAAGAAGAUACAGAACGAAUCUAUACAUUAGUGGAACUAAGCGUAGAAUCGACCAUUCUUAUUGUUGGAGUUUGUGUGGUUAUUAUAUUGGCGAUAACCAAAGGAUACAGAAUAAUGCAGAAUCGCCGUCCAUUGCAAAGAAUACAUCAGUCAAGAGUUGAUAAUAGAGAAAAACAUCACUACAAAGCUGACACAAUUAACGUUCAUUAUGGAGCAAAUGAUCAUCUGAUAGGAAACUCUGAACAAGAUGAAAAAAUUGAAGAAGCAGAGCCUUGAAACCUUAUGACGAUUUCCAAUUCUAAAUAAUCCUGUAUUAAUCUUUAUUAAUAUUUGUAAAAAUUAAGUGCAGCGCCUCUCGCGGUCUCUAAAUGUUUUACCAGUGAUCAAUCAUCAUUGUCAGCAGUUACUGUAAUUGUUUGUUAAACGAAGCUUUUCAUAUUUAUAGAUUAUGCUGUAUGGAUUUUUAUUUAUAUUUGAAGUAUUAGUAGUCAAAUCAUGAAUAAAGGGAGAUAACUUGUUUUACUUCAAUGCAAUAAUGUGCUACAUGUACUAGCUUAAAAUUUUACUUGAUAUGAUGCAGUAGAUCAACAGAUAAAUAAUAAAUGAACUUGAAAAG